AGUUGCUGUUUCCUGACGCUGCACAGCGAGAUCUUUAUUAAAAGAAUAGAUUUUUUUACCUGCUCUUGGUCCUGCUCUCUGCAUCCUGGGAUAGCAUUGCAACGCCUAUAAGCCUGAUGGUGACAGUAACACUUCAUGUGUAAUAUUGUCCUAUAUUACCGCCGGGCUACAGAUGGAUGGAUGGAUGGAUGUGAAUGACUCUCUAAAGGUACUGUCGGCAGGGGUAUUUUUAGUCAUUUGGGGGCCCAAGGCAAAGCUAGUCACUGAGGUCCACCACAUCAUUGCUACAAAAUCUUCCCACGAGACCUCCCUCCUGGACCAGGCUCUGGAGCUGAUCAUGAACGAGACGCCGUCCACCUGCACUAGCCUUUUCCUCAACGAGGAUGCAGACAAACCCCCGGCGAGGGAGCGAGGAGACCUGAGGAGGAGAGUGCAUGGCGCCAUGGAGAGGAGAGCAGAUGGCAUGAAGGAGAGGAUGCUGUCCAUCAACAAGGACACCAUUAGAUGUUUCCUGAAAAGAAACCUCUUUGUUUUGCUGACGGUUGCUUCUGUGCUUCUGGGCAUCAUUGUGGGUUUUGCUCUACGCUCCCACAACUUGUCCCUGAGACAGGUCAAGUACUUUGCCUUUCCUGGGGAGCUGCUGAUGAGGAUGCUUCAGAUGCUGGUGAUGCCUCUCAUCAUCUCCAGUCUGGUCACAGGAAUGUCCUCCUUGGACAGCAAAGCCUCGGGUAAGAUGGGCGUGCGUGCUGUCGUCUACUACAUGGUGACCACCUUGAUUGCUGUCUUCAUCGGUAUCGUGGUGGUGAUCAUCAUCAAACCCGGGAAAGGCAGCAGGGAAAGUCCCAUGGUCAAGAGUGGAAACAUAGAAGCCAUCCAGGCUUUGGAUGCUUUCCUGGAUCUCAUCAGGAACAUGUUUCCACCCAAUCUUGUUGAAGCUUGUUUCAAACAGUACAAAACCCUGUACACAAAGAUUGUUCACACAAGGAACGUGACGGUGAGCAGGAACCUCAGUGCAACAAACGCCACUGCGCUACUUCACACCUUCCAGGAGACGGUGGAGGAGAUAGUGCCCGUGACAGGCUCCUCUAGCGGCGUCAACGCUCUGGGUCUGGUCUUCUUCUCCCUGUCCUUCGGUCUGGUCAUCGGCAACAUGAAGAAACAGGGUCAGGCUCUCAGGGACUUCUUUGACUGCCUCAAUGAAGCCAUCAUGAGGCUGGUGGCCAUCAUCAUCUGGUACGCCCCAGUGGGGAUCCUCUUCCUGAUUGCCGGAAAGAUAGUGGAGAUGAAGGAUCUGGCAGUGAUGGGUGGCCAGCUGGGGAUGUACACCGUGUCGGUGAUUGUGGGCCUCCUCAUUCAUGGUCUCUUCAUCCUGCCGCUGCUCUACUUCCUGGCGACAAGGAAGAAUCCUUACGGCUUCAUUGGCGGUUUGCUGCAGGCUCUCAUCACGGCUCUGGGAACCUCCUCCAGCUCGGCUACCCUACCCAUCACCUUCCGCUGCCUGGAGGAGAACAACCACGUAGACAAACGUGUCACGCGCUUUGUUCUUCCUGUGGGUGCCACCAUCAACAUGGAUGGCACCGCCCUCUACGAAGCUGUGGCGGCCAUCUUUAUUGCUCAAGUCAAUGAUAUGGAUCUAAACUUUGGCCAGAUUCUCACCAUCAGUAUCACGGCAACCGCCGCCAGCAUCGGAGCAGCAGGCAUCCCUCAGGCUGGCCUGGUUACCAUGGUGAUAGUGUUGACAUCGGUGGGACUGCCCACAGAGGACAUAACACUCAUCAUCGCAGUGGAUUGGUUCCUGGAUCGCUUGCGGACCACCACCAAUGUAUUGGGCGACUCACUCGGGGCAGGCAUCUUGGAGCACCUCUCUCGUGCAGAGUUGCAGAGUCAGGACGACGAGGUGCACAACUGUGUCAUGGAAGAGAAGGAGAAGCCCUACCGGCUCAUCUGCCAGGAGAAGGACAUGGUGCACAGCCACAACAGCGAGAGCACCAUGUAACCACGGAAAGAUCCCACAUCUUUACAUCCCACAGACCAAAGACAGGAGAGGCAGCAGUCAAACCAAGGUCCACACUAAAGGAAAUGACUUAUAGAGGACUUGAGACACACUUCUUAAAUUACAGCAAAAAAGUCCUAAUGUUAUGCAAAUUAAAAAAAAUCCCCAAACAGUCUACGACUUUCCAUACAGUAUUAAUUGGCUAAUAUAGUUCUCAAUAUAGUGCAGAUUUUUUUUCUGCUAAAUGUCUCUUUUUGGUCUCACAACUCAACAGACUCUUUUGGUCUCUUACAAUAAGGUACACCAAAAUGCAGUAGUUACUUACCGUCUAAUGAGGAACUGAUGACUAAGGCACAUACAUUUAAAGUAGUUACUCAGGAAUCAAUGAAUAACUAAUGACUAAGGCACAUACAUUUAGAGUAGUUACUCAGGAAUUAAUGAAGAAGUAAUGAUGAAGGCACAUACAUUUAGAGUAGUUACUUGGGAACUAAUGAAGAACUAAUGACUAAGGCACAUACAUUUACAGUAGUUACUGGGGAACUAAUGAGGAACUAAUGACAAAGGCACAUACAUUUUGAGUAGUUAUUCAGGAAUUAAUGAAAACUAAUGAUUAAGGCACAUACAUUUAGAGUAGUUACUCAAGAACUAAUGAGGAACUAAUGACUAAGGCACAUACAUUUAGAGUAGUUACUUGGGAACUAAUGAAGAACUAAUGACUAAGGCACAUACAUUUACAGUAGUUACUGGGGAACUAAUGAGGAACUAAUGACUAAGGCACAUACAUUUUGAGUAGUUAUUCAGGAAUUAAUGAAAACUAAUGAUUAAGGCACAUACAUUUAGAGUAGUUACUCAAGAACUAUGAGGAACUAAUGACUAAGGCACAUACAUUUGGAGUAGUUACUGGGGAACUAAUGAAGAACUAAUAACUAAGUCACGUACAUUUAGAGUAGUUACUCGGGAAUCAAUGAAAAACUAAUGACUAAGGCACAUACAUUUAGAGUAGUUACUCAGGAAUUAAUGAAGAAGUAAUGAUGAAGGCACAUACAUUUAGAGUAGUUACUUGGGAACUAAUGAAGAACUAAUGACUAAGGCACAUACAUUUACAGUAAUUACUGGGGAACUAAUGAGGAACUAAUGACUAAGGCACAUACAUUUUGAGUAGUUAUUCAGGAAUUAAUGAAAACUAAUGAUUAAGGCACAUACAUUUAGAGUAGUUUCUCUAGAAUGAAUGAAGAACUAAUGACUAAGGCACAUACAUUUAUAGUAGUUACUCAGAAUUAAUGAAGAACUAAUGACUAAGGCAUACAUUUAGAGUAGUUACUCGGGAACUAAUGAAGAACUAAUGACUAAGGCACAUACAUUUUGAGUAGUUACUUGGGAACUAAUGACGAAUGAAUGACUAUGGCACAUACAUUUAGAGUAGUUACUCAGGAAUUAAUGAAGAACUAAUGAUGAAGACACACAUUUAGAGUAGUUACUUGGGAACUAAUGAAGAACUAAUGACUAAGGCACAUACAUUUACAUACAGUAGUUACUGGGGAACUAAUGAGGAACUAAUGACUAAGGCACAUACAUUUAGAGUAGUUACUCAGAAUUAAUGAGUCAAAAACGGUAUAUAUAUCUAACCCUAAAACAUGUCCCGAGUUAAUUAUAAAUUAUAAAAUAUUAGCAAGAUUGAAUUUGAUCUUUUCCUGUUUAAAUUGUUUAAAUCCCAGGUGCUGUAGAAAGUUUGUUUUUGAUCCGAACUAAAUUUCAAGAUUGGACGAACGAAAAACUUGCAAUUAUUUGGAGUUAUUCCAACAAGUGAAAGAAAAACUCUGAGAAGUCGGUAUCACGUGAUGUUGAUGUUUACGUUUUACUGGUCAUGCCCCAUUGACUUUUCUGUUUGAUUAUAUCGGCGCAUGUAGACAAGAGAUUGGAAUAUUCUUUUCCAUGUAUACCAUUGUUUUCGGGAAAAGUCAUUCGGAAAGAUUCCAUUCAGAAAGAGGAAAAACUCCUCAUGUAUACGUGGCUAUUGUUGGAUCCCUUCAGUUGAUGCUGAGUUGUCUUUCUUUCAUUAC